AUGUCGACACACACGCCCAUUUCGGUUCCAUCUGAUCCUCUUUACGGCCAUGAUGCCGUGAUUGAAAGUAUCAAGCAGUGUUUCGAGUUGCUUUCGAGAAUGGUCUCGUUCAGAUUCGAGUGCAUAAAGAGCCCCCCUGAGAGCGGAUGGAGCGACGACGAACUUCCCCUUGAGAAGUUCCGGAUCCUCGGGUUCAAUGAGAGGGUAGUUGAAAUAUUACGCCACUUGCCAUACGUGGAGAGCAACAAGCCGGUCUACCCAUCCACGCAGAGCAUCAGCUACCUGAAAGACUCGUAUCCCUUCUUAGAACCCGAAGGAGAAUUCGGAACCAAGCAGCCACUUGUGCUUGAAAGGCGAGAAGAUUCCAGAGGGAAUCGCGAGGUCACUCCUCAUGAUGCGUACACACAUGUGCCGGACGAGGAUAUACCCGAGGACGAGCCCUGA